AUGACAACAGAUGUUCAUGCCUCACAAGGCAUAAGAGAAUUAAUCUCAAAGAGAAGGCAUACAUUUGUAAAGAUUUUGGCAAAUCACUUACCCGACUUGCAAAACAUCAAGCUCAUCAAAGAAUCCAUACUGGUGAGAAACUUUUUAGAUGUCAAACAUGUGGCAAGGCCUUUACCUAGGACUCAAAUCUUCAUACUCAUCACAGAAUCCAUACUGGUGAGAAACCUUACAGAUGUCAAGAAUGUGACAAGUCUUUUACAAGGGUCUCAAAUCUUCAUAAUCAUCAAAGAAUCCAUACUGGUGAAAAACCUUACAAAUAUCAGGAAUGUGGCAAGUACUUUACAACUUUCUCAAAUCUUCAUUUGCACAAUAGAAUUCAUACUGGUGAAAAACCAUAUAAAUGUCAACAAUGUGGCAAGUCAUUUAUCAAGUCCUCAGAUUUUCACAGACAUUGCAGAAUCCAUACUGGUGAGAAACCUUACAGAUGUCAAGAAUGUGGCAAGUCCUUUAUCCAUGUAUCAACUCUUCAUAAUCAUCACAGAAUCCAUACUGGUGAGAAACCUUACAGAUGUCAAGAAUGUGGCAAAAACUUUACAACUUUCUCAAAUCUUCAUUCACACAGUAGAAUUCAUACUAGUGAGAAACCUUAUUAAUGUCAACAAUGUGGCAAGUCAUUUAUCAAGUCCUCAGAUCUUCACAGACACUGCAGAAUCCUUACAGGUGAAAAACCUUACAGAUGUCAAGAAUGUGGCAAGUCCUUUACCCAUGUAUCAACUCUUCAUAAUCGUCACAGAAUCCAUACUGGUGGGAAACCUUACAGAUGUCAAGAAUGUGGCAAGUCCUUUACACAGCUAUCAACUCUUCACACUCACCAGAGACUCCAUACUGCUGACAAACCUUACAAAUAUAAAUAAAGAUGCAGACCCUGGCAUGUCUCUUUCUUUGCUUUGCCUCUUUCUAAUCUUGCAAGCUAUGUGUGCUUUAAUGAAAAUAACUAUUCAGAAGUGUUUUGAGUAUGGGAAGCCCACCACGUACAUGAAGGCUGACUUAAUUCUAGGUGCAUUUAUCCCCAUUUACUUCACACUAGAAGGACCCAAGCAAAUCCAGAUAUUUCUUGAGGAAAAAAAGAAUCCACUAUCUGAAAGCUUAAUAGGGAAAUGGAAGAACUAUCAAUAUUUACUGACCUUAUACUUUGCCAUUGAGGAGAUCAAUAAAGAUGCCCAACUGCUUCCCAAUGUGACCUUAGGUUUCCAUCUCUACAAUGCUUUUGACUAUCACUACAGAACCUUAGAAGGACCUCUGAUGUGGCUGUCUGAAAGGAGUGAGUUUGUCCCUAACUACAAAUGCAAAACUCAAUACAAAGCUCUUGCAGUCAUUGCAGGAGUCAGGCCUGAAUUUUCUACUGCAAUUGCAACACUUCUGGAACUCUACAAAGUUCCACAAGUCUCAUAUGGAAAUUUUGAUUCUGCACUAACUGACAAAGACACAUUCCCAUCCCUUUACCAGAUAUCUCCAAAAGAUAAAGCACUAAUCCAACUGGUAAUCUCUUUAUUGCUGCACUUUGGCUGGAAGUGGGUGGGGGUCAUUGUGUCUGAUGAUCUAAAAGGUAAGGAGUUCAUCUCUGAUCUGAAAGCACAGAUGGCGUCAGAAGAUAUCUGUGUAGCUUUUACAGUAAAACUCCCAACUAAUUGGAAGAUUCAGUUAGUAUCUGAGGUUGGGCUGCUGAAAUUAAAUCAAGAUACACAAGUAAAUGUACAUAUAUUUUUUGGUGAUAUAAAUGACAUAUUGGUUUUCUACUUGACCAAUGAAAUCAUAUCAAACAGAAGGAAAGUGUGGAUCAUGACAAAGCCACAAUUAUUUUACUUGGAGUCUGAAUUAUAUGAGUUAAAUGUUUUUAUGUACAUUUUUGGAGGAAGCUUUUCAGUUUCAAAAAAGAAAAAACUUCCUGGAUUCAAGCACUUUAUUGAAGCACUUAUGCCCUCCCAGUACCCAGAUGAUCUUUACUUUCGUAAAUUCUGGAUUGACACUUUUUAUUGUGCACCUCCUCCUUUACAUUGCGGAAAUUAUAUACCCUGUCCACCAAAUAUAUCCUUAGAAACUAAACAAGAAGAAAAGUUUGUGAUCACUUCUGAACCCAGGGUUUCCAUAUGGAACGCUGUGUAUGCAGUAGCCCAUGCCCUCCAUAAAAUGCUUUUGAGUAAAACUGAAAUAACACCUCACAAAGAAACAAAAAAGGACAGGCUUCUACCUUGGCAGCUUCAUCCAUUCCUGAGGAAAAUUCAAUUUACAAACACUGAUGGAGACCAAAUAUGCUUUGAUGAGAAAAAGAAUCAUGUGGAAAAGUAUGACAUACAAAAUUUUAUGGUAAAUACGAAUCAUUAUACAUUUCUAGUUAAAGUAGGAGAGUUUGUCUUCAAGAAUCCACAAGAUCACGGCUUGUUCAUCAAUGAAGUUAUGAUCAAAUGGCCGAGCCACUACAAUCAGACUCCUGUAUCAGUAUGUACAAAGAGCUGUGGUCCAGGUUUCUGGAAAAUUCUAGAAGAAGACAGACCUAUCUGCUGUUUUUCUUGUUUGUUUUGUCCAGAGAGACACAUUUCCAAUCAAACUGAUCAGCAGGAGUGUAUCCCUUGCCCAAUUCAAGAGUACCCAAACCCUGAGAGAAACAGCUGCCUGCCCAAGUCAGUGACAUUCUUGUCCUUGGAGGAUUCUCUGGGCAUGGCUCUGGCCUGCACAGCUCUAUGCUUGUCUCUCAUCACAGCUGUAGUUUUGGGAAUCUUUCUCAAGCACCAAGACUCGCCCAUCGUUAAGGCCAAUAAUCGGACACUCAGCUUCAUCCUGCUCAUCUCCCUCCUCCUCUGCUUCCUGUGCCCAUUUUUUUUCAUUGGCCAGCCAAACACAGCCUCCUGCAUAUUGCAACAAAUUACAUUUGCUCUGGCGUUCACUCUGGCUCUUUCCACUGUUUUGACCAAAACUAUAACAGUAAUUCUGGCCUUUAGAGCCAUGACACCAGGGAGAACACUGAGAAGGCUCCUUGCCUCAGGCAUCUAUAACUCUGUCAUCCCCAUCUGUCUCCUGAUCCAACUCAUUCUCCUUGGACUCUGGCUUGGAACCUCGCCUCCCUAUAUUGAAGAAGAUGCACACUCUGAAUAUGGUCACAUCAUCAUUUUGUGCAACAAGGGCUCUGUCACUGCUUUCUACUGUGUGUUGGCAUACUUGGGGAUCCUGGCCCUAGUGAGUUUCUCUGUUGCUUUUCUGGCUAGGAACCUGCCUGAUACCUUCAACGAAGCCAGGUUUCUGACAUUCAGCAUGCUGGUGUUUUGCAGCGUCUGGGUCACCUUCCUCCCUGUCCACCACAGCACCAAGGACAGGACCAUGGUGGUUGUAGAAGUCUUCUCCAUCUUGGCUUCCAGUGCAGGGCUGCUAGGCUGUAUCUUUUUUCCAAAGUGCUACAUAAUACUCCUAAGACCUGAUAAGAACUCUUUGAAAUGUUUUAAGAACAAAACAAGUAAAACCUGA